AUGUCCAUACCGGGUCUCGAGUCCGACGGGAAUCGGGCUUGUAUCCCAAGCCUUGCCAAGCCCUUUGUCAGCCUUGCCUCGCGAAACUUGCUCUAUCUUUUGCUGCUCGCAAUCUCAAUUCAAUCUUUCCCCAGGGUCACCUUUUUCGAAUCCGACAUCGACAACAAUACGUCUAAACCCCUCGCCGCAAUGCACGGCUCUUCUAUGCGUGCCGCUCUGGCAAAGGGUUUUCAGAUCCCGCUUAGACCAAGUCUGCACAAUGUCGUUGCUGGUCCAGCUUCAGCUUCAGCUUCAGCGACUCCGAGCUCGACCACUUCGGUAACUAGCGCCCGCACAUGGACCUCGCCGUUCUCGACGAGCGUAGCUCGUGCGGCGAAGAAAGGAGGAAAAGAGAGAAUUGAUCGAAGAAUCACAUUAAUCCGGUUUUUCCUCUACCAUCCCACCACGCUUACUCCGCGACCUCUGCGCUUCUCCCGCAAUCGAUAUCUGCGUCACUGGACGAUUCACCGGGCCUGGCAGCUGUACCGUGCGAAAGUCAAACAGGCGCGCCAGCUAGAGCUGGAACGACAGUACAACGCAAUGCGCGAGGCGAACGAGGAAUUGCGCGUCGGGGCCGGUGACGGCGGUCGGCUUUUCCGCAAGGCGCAGAUGAAGACCGGCGUGUGGAGCAUACCGGAACGAGGUGGUGGUGUUCCGAUCGAAUAUGCGCGCAGCCUCGUCGAUUACAUGGGAAGCACCGGUGGUCUAGGCAGCGGGGGCACCGGGAUCGGCGCAAAGGCGAAGGUUUGGGAUAGUGAGUGGAAGCGGUAG